AUGGAAUUCCUGCGUUUAACAGAUCAGCCACGCACGUCGAUGGUGGGGGACGCACGACAACGUAAUCUCAACAAACGCGUUAAGAUUCAUUCGAAGCGUCUACGGCGACUUUGGCCUCGAAUCGCCACCUUUUUAAUGCCUCGGGAUCUUGUGAUCUUGGGCUCCACCUGUCGCCGACUACAUCGACUGCUGGAAAAUGACCGAGUCUGGCAAACACAGUACGAUCAGGUGCUGCAUCAACAUAUGACAAGACUGCUGCUACCACAUGUGACGACCAAGUUUGACAAUGAUCUCUCGAUGAAAGAAAAACUUCGACGAGUGGUUCAUGCUCGACAUAUACACGACCCUACCAAUGCGCUCCAGCUACGGUUGCGCGAAGCAGAGCGAGAGAUAUUUCGUGUUAAGCUACAGCAGCAUAAAGUGCGGAGUGUAGUGUGGAUAAAUGUGCCGCUGGUGUUGGCGUUAUGCUGUCUGAGUGUGUGGAGCUACACCAUCGCGGUUCCAGACAAGGAUAAUUUGUCUGCCACUCCGGCCGCCCAGCUUCGUGGCACUGAUGCGAGCUCCUCUCGACCUGCUGUCAAUCCUGUAAAGACGUUUGUACUAGUGACGGACCUGCUACUGUUGGUUGCUCUGAUGAUUUUAAGUGUUGGUGACCUGGCGGGCAAAGCGCUGUACACUGCUGGAGUGCUGGUCGCAAUUGAAGCGGUGGUAAUGCUGGCCGAGUUGUUGGUGGCAUGGUCGGCGCCACUCGAAAUCGCUCAUGCUGUCCUGGUACUUUUGUUUCUUGUUUUCAAUGUUGUGCUAGUUGCCAGGGAAAAGAAAGACUAUGCCCGCAAACUUGCGGCAUUCUUGCCAUCCUACUGA